CGCCGCAGACAAACACAGAAAGCCGCCGCUUCUGCGUCACCGGAGAGCCAAACGACAAACCCGCCCGCUCGCCACCAACUCCUGCCGUUCUCCUCCCGCAGCUGCCGGCCAUGUCGGUGGAGACGGAGCGGAGCUCCACGGAGUCCUCCGCCGCCUCGGGGCUCGACUUCGAGGACACCGCGCUCACCCUCCGCCUCCCGGGCUCCGACCCCGACCGCAAGCGCGCAUCCACCUCCGACCCCGACUGCCCCUCCCCCACCGCCGCCGCCGCCGACUCGCCGCCUUCCCCCAAGGCGCAGGUGGUGGGCUGGCCGCCGGUGCGCGCCUUCCGGAAGAACGCGCUCGCCGCCUCGGCCUCCGCCAGGACCAAGUUCGUCAAGGUCGCCGUCGACGGCGCGCCGUACCUGCGCAAGGUCGACCUCGCCGCCUUCGCGGGCUACACCACCACCUCCGCCGCCGCGUACGACCAGCUCCUCGCCGCGCUGCAGGACAAGUUCAUCUCACACUUCACCGUCCGCAAGCUCGGGAACGAGGAGAUGAAGCUCGUCGACGCGGUCAGCGGGACGGAGUAUGUGCCCACGUACGAGGACAAGGACGGCGACUGGAUGCUCGUCGGAGACGUGCCAUGGAGAAUGUUUGUGGAGACCUGCCAGCGUAUUCGUCUCAUGAAAAGCUCCGAGGCUGUCAAUCUAGCACCAAGAGCAGCUCGGUGAGACGGUAUCCUUGCUCCUUUAGCACAAACCGCAUCAUAUGAAGAAAUGUCUUUGCUCGCUGAGGUUCUUCCGUAAAGUCCGAGAGAGAAAUGUGUACAGCCAUCUCUGCUUUUUGUUCCAGCAUCCCAUUGAGUUCUGGAAGUGCCGUAGCUUGUAAUUCCAUUUUCCAGUCAGUAGUAUCUAUAUCUAAGAUGGGAGAGGUUAUGAUGCUUCUGAAAUAUACCUACAGUUCGUUCUUGAUAAAUAAGACUUACCGAACCUGUUCUUCCGAGCUGCUUGCUACUGGAGUAUUGGCCUUCUGUAACGUUAUGCUAGUGUGGCACCUGGUGCAGUCAUGUUGACUGUCAGUUUUGCUAUAAGUUUGUGUUUGAAUGCA